ACACCAUACACACUUCACACACACCUUUAACCAAAACCCUGACCUCAGUUCUGACUCAGAACUCGGACUCACCCUGAACCCAACACUAACAACCAGAGAAUCACAGACAUCAUCAGUUGCUCAGUUCUUUGAAGUGUGAAUGAUUUUUCUCAUGAGUCAGUAAUCAGAAAAACACCAUUUCACUCUACUGACCCUACUAAAGUCCAUGAGCUGGAACAGGAGCGGAGCCGAAAUGCUGCAGUUUGCUUCAAUAUCCUUUAUUUCUUCUAGAUCUUUAUAGAAAUACAUCAUUCUCUCUCUCUCUCUCUCUCUCUCCCCAUUUCCAUCCUUGAUAUUAUCGUGUUAUAUGAAGAAUAAAAGAGUGUGUACAUGAUUUAUAAAAAAUAAUCAACCUGUCCUGCGCAUCAGUUACAACACCAAAAAACCAGCAAAAAAAACAAAAACAAAUAUGACAGUAAAAGAGCAGGCAGUGGACACAGAGCCGGAGUGACCGAGCCUCCAGCUGUCAGGGGCCUGGACAUGGACACUGCCCAGGAGGAGAGUUGGGGACAGUCAGGACAAGACCCUGGAGUAGUGAACAGUGUAGAUGAUGCUGCUGAAGCCUGGAGACAGAGAGACAACGCUGCUGAAGAUCUCACUGCAGAUCACGGUCUCGGGGUUUUCCCCUCAGAGGUGAUAUUCCAGCUUGUGGUGUUUGUUUAUCAGCAUUUUUACCCAUCACUCAUAAACCUGCAGAGAUUUCAGUGAUUUCUUCCUGGAGUCUGAGGCUGGAGCUCACACUGAUGUGCUGAAACCGCUUCAGGUCAGUGAACUGGAUUUGGACCAUAGCCAGGCUUCGAGGUUGUAUUAUCACUUUUAACUUGUUGGAAUGCCAGAGCAGCUGUGGUUGUAAGAGGUGUGUUUGGGAGGAGUCCUGUGUGGUUUUGGGUUUAAUUACCUUUCAGAGUUCAGCUUCUGAUUUUAUAAGUUCUACAGACCUUCUGUACCAUUAAUCUACACGACACACAGGUCAGUGCUGUCUGAUGGACAGGAACGAUGCCAUGUUGUCCAGUGAGAUACCUCACUCAUUAUAUCAGAGCACCAGCAUUAAUCUCAUGACCUAAAGCUUUAUAUUUCAUAUUAUAAUUAUGCUCUGAUGUGAAUCUGCAGUGUUCCUGAUCUAAUGAGCUGAAACCGGCGUGAAGCUGCAGUCAGGAGCUUUAAACCCAAUUCAUUCAGUCCCUCUGUGUACCCUAUAGUGCACUCCUUCAAAUAAACUCUACAGUAUUGUAGUGUUUCUGGUGGUAGUUUUAAUCAGAAAAACAGAAACGAUGAGAUGACUGACAGAGGCUAAUGUGAAAAAAAGGGAAAAAAACAGGCUAGAGUCAUAGGAUCAGCAAACAGGACAAACCAGGCUAGAAAAACUCGACCAGGAUCAUUACAGCGGUCACAUGAGACGCCCGCGUCUGUCACAGAGUCUCAUUAAAAGUAUUAUUAUCUGCUCCAAAUUUACAGAGAGAACUCUUUACAACAAAAGCGGUGGACUCUACAGUCCUAACGAUCUGGACGUCAGGAUCAGACGUCAGCGUAGCGAGUGGUCUGUACGGCGCAUGGGCUAGCGUCUCACAGUGAUGGUGGAGUCUAAUCUGCUGAGCAGGAUGCAGUCUGACUCUAAAGAAGUUUGAGGUUUAUGAUCUUCAGUGUGUUUGCUGAUGGACCCACUGUAGAGAGAAAGACAUGUUCAGUGUUAGCAGAGAAAAUCCGGUGUGAAUUCUGCACAGAUUUCCUUCAUUUCAGCAAAAGAUCAGUUUAAUUCAAUUAAUCAGUUUAAUAAAUAUUAUCUAAGUGCACACAGACUUUCUGUUUCCUGGAAUCAUCCAGUUUACUUUCAGUGUCUGGUGUAAAUUAUCAGUAGAUAAUAAUAUGAUGAGGCUUGAAGGGAAUUUGAUAUGAAACCCCUUAAUUUUUUUACCUUUACAGUGCUGAUGGUGUUGUCUGACAUACCUGCGUCUGUCUGGGUCUCGGUACAGAACGUGUUUAAUGCUCGGAAUUUUCACGACUCUGUUGGUCAUUCAUGGAAACACUAAGUGACCACAGUUGAAACCAGAAGGGUUUUUUGUUUUGGACCAUCUACAGUCUCAGUUUCUCGUUUUAACUAGAGAUUUGUGAGGAUCUUAAAAAUAAAAAACGACUAUACAGACCAGGAAGUUAUUCUGUGUGUGUGUGUGUGUGUGUGUGUGUGUGUGUGGCAGCACUGGUGCCAGGUUGCCCUGCACAUUCCCAUUACAGAAUGUUUUCCUUCUUUACCACAAUGAGCAUCAUAUCUCAGCUUCAUAUCAGGUUUACUUGUGAAAGUAUCAACUUCCUGCUUGGGUGAAUGUUUGUUGCACUCCAUUUCAUCUCUGCUACAUACCUCUCUUAUUCAUAUCUGGUGUUUGAGAUAUUAUCUGUUCUUUCCUAUUCAGUUACAUUCCUAUUAGGAAUUAUAGUUCUGUAUGUCUAAGUUUGUUUAGAGAAAUUAGGGACAUUUGUUGGUUUUUAGUAAAUCUAGAGUGAUCUGGACAAACCCUGCUUCAUCCCUGAGCAGCUCAAAACUUGUACUUUAUAUAAAUCUUAGUGUCAUGUCAAUCUUACACAGGUCAUGUUUUCAUCUGGAUUUCGUUGUUAAAAUUGUGUGACUUGUUUACUUUGAGUCCGGGUUUGAUUGCUCUGACGCUUCAGGUUUAAAGCCAAAGUGAAGAUGAGAAAGAGAUGUAUAGGUUUUUGUUGAACACUCUGCCCUACACUAGUGAAGUAAAUAACACUUUAUCGUUAUUAUGAUGAACACUAUGUCAGUUUGCUUUUCAUUGUUAAAUUCCUAAAAUAAAGCAAACAUGCAGCAAACAAAACAAUUAUUCUGACAAAAAUAAUUAUUUUUAUAUGAGAUGCAAAAUUCUGAAUGACUAAACUGGAGAUUUGUCUGAUUUGUCAGAAAACAUCCCCACAGCUUUGGUUACUAGGACUGUUGUUUUGAACAGCGUCUUAGGUUUGGUGUAAUUGAUACAGAAACACACAAGGAUUAGCUACUUCUUCAUCCACUUUCCAGUAAAUGCUGGCGGUCAUUUGAAACUCUUCUGAAAGACAUCAUUGGGUAGGUCACUACCAGAGCAGGGUCAGGUUCUACACACUGACUGUCUACAGAUGAAUGAGUUUCAGCACAUAAGGAAACAGCACUAACCAGUCCAGGAACACACAAUCAUUACAACUAUAGCAGCUGCUGCUCUCAUGCUAGUCAAUGGUCUUCUUUCUGUUUCUCCUUUUCUUAAAGCUCUUCAGAUAAAGUGUCACAGAUAUUAAGCAGCUUCUGUGGGACAAAUUCAUGCUUUCAGUGGUUUAACAUUCAAAGCAAAUAAGGUGGAAAACUAGUUAAACAUCAUAUAUGCAUUAGCUUACUAUUAUUAAUGUAUACAAUACUAUUUCUUAUCUUCCGUACGAUAAAAUUCAUCUAAAAAUCUGAUUCAACCUUUUUUUAUUUUUGUUUAGAGAAAGGUGACGCCAGUGUGACGUAAAAGUCUGAACAAAAGAUCCUCUGAGAUGAUUAAACUUUACUUGAUGAUAAUUACUUUUUGGAUUUUAUUUUCACAUUUCCCUCAUCUUACUGUGAGUAAUUACACCAACAUGUAGGAAACAUCAUCGUGUUAGAAAUGUGGUUUUUCAGGUUGUCAGGGAAAUAACAAGCACCUCAGCUGUGAUUGGCUCCCAGGCCCUUUUGACAUCAUGGGUUUGGCACAAGUACUGUAUGGUACAUAGAUCGUUAUUCUGGUUAAAUAUCCCAUUUACCUGCUCUACAUUUUACACUUUGUCACUGCCACUGGGCAGAGAACGCUCCACAUCUGCUACCUGAAGACACCUGAGAUUAUAAACAACACAAUGGAUUGGCGAGUUUUACUGACUAUUUUGUGUCUGACAGUGCUAAUCAGCCCACCAGCCAUGACUUUAGACACAAACACAACAGCAAGCAGCAGUUCAGCGAACACAAUUUCAAGCCCAUCCCCAGACCCAAGCACUCCUACGGCAUUCAUACCUUCAAGCCCCUCAAGCCCAAGCACUCCAACAACAGCCCUACCUUCAAGCCCAUCCCCAGGCCCAAGCACUCCUACGGCAUUCAUACCUUCAAGCCCCUCAAGCCCAAGCACUCCAACAACAGCCCUACCUUCAAGCCCAUCCCCAGGCCCAAGCACUCCUACGGCAUUCAUACCUUCAAGCCCCUCAAGCCCAAGCACUCCAACAACAGCCCUACCUUCAAGCACAUCCCCAGGUUCAAGUACUCCAACAUCAGCCAUAACUUUAAGCACAACCACAGGUUCAAGUACUUCUACAUCUGCCAUACCUUCAAGCACAGGUUCAAGCACUACUUCAGCAGCCACAGCUGUGAAAACAAGUACAGAUGCAACCACUACUUCAACGACCAUAACUUCAACCACUGUAUCACCAGCUGCAGUUUUCCUCUUGAUCUUCAGCGUCAAUGAAAGCUUUGUUCCAGCCCUGGCUAACCCAAACUCUCAACAGUUUAAAGAUAAAGCUAACAAUAUCAGUUCUGAGGUUGGACCUUUGUACAAGAAAACAAUUUCAACAUUCCUUUUCAUGAAAAUUAAUGGAUUUAGGAGUGGUUCUAUUGUGACAAAUAGCUCAGUGUUAUUCAGUUCAGGUAACGUUACUUCGGCCCAAGUGAAAGAGAGCUUUGUCAGCGGACUCAGCAACUUGACCUUUAAAGUUGACCCAAGCUCGGUCAGUGUCACCCAGACUGUUGGUAAUUCAACACCACCAGUGAUUGCCAGCUCAGUCUUCAUGAUUUGCAUGUCUCUUCUAUCACUUCUACUUUCUUUCGCAUUGCACUUCUAGCUCUAGACCUGGUCAGAAAACAUACACAAUAAUAAUAAUUAUUAAUUAAUAAUUAAAAAUAAAAUAAUAAUUAAUAGAGUGUAUUUAUAUUUAUCAAUCUGACAUGUUCUACUGAAGUAAAGAAACACAUACUGUUUUUUAUUUUCAGCAAAAACAGUAACAAGCUUUCUUUUUACAGAUUAAUAUUUCAUUUAAAAAACAAAGGGAAUAUGGGCAUUUUAUUCUAAUGAGCAAUAUCUUGUUUCAUUAGAAAUACUGAGACUUUGAAUUGUUGAAACUGGGGAUUUAAUGUGGUGACUUACCUAAACAGUCCUGAUGAUUGCUGUCUUUCAUUUAUUAAAUCUAAAUAUGAUCCUUCUUGAAUCAGCUAGUUUCUUACAUGAACCCUUCUGUAUAACUUCUGUAAAUCAGUGUGCAAUGCAACUAUAAACCUUUUAUGAAAUAAACUCUCAUUUAUCGAACAUUCAUCCUCCCAUCAGUCUUGAGAAGUUCCACAGUCCCUGCUGAUGAAAAGCAGAGUAAAACAGUUUAAUGAAAAUGAAAACCAAGGCAGAAUAAUUCAAAUCGUCAGACAGAGUCAGGGUCAGUAAAACAGGCAAAGAU